AUGGAUCCAACCACAUACAAGGAUCCUGAGCUCACGCUCCAGGAUAAGAUGGUAGUCGAAGUCCUCCUGAAUGAUAUUAGUGCAAACAAUGAAACCACGAGCCCAUUACAGGAAAAGAUUGGCAGUACAGAGACUGUCAAGAAGCUGCACGACAUGAACGAUGCAUCGAGUCCUGACUUUGACCCCACUGUCACCCAGCUUUGGGAGACCCCAGAGCUGCGGGAAAAGCUAUCCCCAGCCAUCCAGCAAUAUGUACUGGAUCCUUACAUCAACUGGGCAAAGACCGUGGUACGGGUGCCGACAGAUGUAGUCAUGUUGACCCAUCUUAUUCUCUACUUCACUACUAUUGUUCCCAGUGCCUUCUAUCUGUACUAUCGUUUCUCCUACCUACAUGGUAUUCUCCAUUGGGCUAUGAUGGGAUACUAUUGCGGUGCCUUCACGUUGAUGAAGCACCAGCACAUUCAUGGAAAUGGAGUUUUGGCCUCCAAGUAUUGGGUCUUCGAUACGCUUUUCCCAUACUUGCUGGAUCCCAUGCUCGGACAUACAUGGAACUCCUACUUUUACCACCACAUCAAGCAUCACCACGUUGAGGGCAAUGGCGAACAUGACCUCAGCACGACCAUGUUCUACGAUCGUGAUAGUGUACGUGACUUUGCCUGUUAUGUGGGUCGCUUCAUCUUCUUCGUCUGGUUGGAGCUUCCCCUCUACUUCUUCCGAAAAGGCCAAUUCAAAUAUGGCUGCAAGGCAGCCUUCUGGGAGCUUGGCAACUAUCUGGCCAUUUACAUCCUUUACAACUACGUCAAUGCCCGCGCAACUACGUUUGUACUUAUUCUUCCUCUCACGGUCAUGCGCUUUGGUUUGAUGGUUGGAAACUGGGGUCAGCAUGCUUUCGUGGAUCCAGUCGAUCCCGAUUCGGAUUACCGUUCCAGUAUCACCCUUGUUGAUGUUCCGAGCAACCGCUACUCCUUCAAUGACGGGUACCACACAUCGCACCACUUGAACCCGCGCCGCCACUGGAGAGACCAUCCCGUGGCAUUCCUCACGGGCCGGGAUCGUUACGCCGAGGAAAGAGCCUUGGUUUUCCGAAACGUCGACUACAUUUUCAUCACCGUGAACUUGUUGCGCAAAAAUUACCUUCAUCUGGCGAAGUGUCUCAUCCCUAUGGGCGACCAGGUGAACAUGAGUAUGGAGGAGCGAGUGGAGAUGCUGCGCGGCCGGACUCGUCGGUUCUCACGCUCGCAAAUGAAGAAGCAAAAUUAA